CAACAAUGUCUCCCAACAAAAAUAUGACAACUGCUGUUUUACCUCUAGGGUAUCACUGUGAUAUCAAGCCAAAUCAAACAAAACAAUGUGAUUUACCUCAGUGUAAUAUUUCCAGCCUAGAUGAGAAUUGGACCCUCUUGCAUGGUUGUCAUCACUCAUUCCAUGAUGUUUGCCUUGAAGGAUCAACUUCAUGCCCACUCUGUAAGGGAUUUCUGGAAAAAAAAGUAAAAGAGCUUGGUGGAAGACCUAGUGGCAGUAAUGCCUGCACCGUUAUUUCAGUGCUUGCUGCACUUCAUUUUCUGGAAGGAACCCUUCAAAUUCCCAAGCAGUUACAAGACCUUAGCAUCACAAUACCUAUGUAUAUUAAUCUCAUGAUAAAAGGGAAUCAGUUAUAUGACUCUUUCAACCUACAAGUUCAACAACCAAAUUUGGAAGUCAGAGAAGUCCUUCAGCAUGGACAAAAUGAUAAAAAUGUGAAGAAACUUGAAAUUGUUUCAGACCUAGGUUUUUUUACUGUGAGAGACCUUGAAGACCACCUUACACAACACCAUCACGUGCAUCAAUCACUUGCAGCAGUAUUGAUUGUGCCACCAGACAACUCAAUGGUACUAUGUUUUAAUCAAACAAGUAUUUGUCUUUUUGAAAUGCAUGGUCUCCACGGUGGCAUAAUUGCAACCAGUUCAUCUGGGCAUGUCAGCCAUUUUGUGAAAUAUCUAGAUAGGAUGGCUAUGCGAGACUGGAAGAAUGGUUUACAUGGUUCAAACUUGGCAAUUUUAAGGCUAAAGUAAAUGUUGUAAACGUUUAAUUA